AUGGCAAGGCAUUCCUACUCAACGCAGCGAUUAUCCUCAAAUUCAAGAAGACAUAUUGCAACUGCCAGCUUUUUUGGCGCAUCAGGUCUAGGGUGGCUUCUGAGCACCCACGACGAUGUGCCAAGUCUGGAAAGCUCAUCAGCGGAACCUUUGCUCCCUGAAACUGGCCUUUCUAGAGAUGAAGUGACGCGUAUCAUCUCGCAAGGCGCAUACUCCUUCUCGGUCAAAAAUGCACCGGGUGUCAUUCGAUAUGAUGGCAGUCAAUUGCCUUCCAAUUCAGUUUGCGAGGACCGGUUCAUCCAUGGCACUUUCUCGCCAUACAAUGACGGUCAAAAGUGGAUGGCCUGGGCUGUGUUUGAUGGCCACUCUGGCUGGCAAACGGCGGAUUUGCUACAGAAACAGCUUUUGAAAUUUGUGCGACGCAGUUUAAACCAAGCCAAGGCUUCCUCUAGCAAAAACACUUUGUCCGACGUGUCUGUGCAGCAUGCGAUCGCAGAGGCUUUCCUGGCGCUUGACGAUUCUAUUGUCGAAACUGCUCUGGAGACCUCUCAGAGUGAGAUGUCACUCGCAGAGAAGGUGAAAAAAUUACUUCCUGCUUACGCGGGCUCAUGUGCGUUAUUGUCCCUCUACGAUUCUACCACAAGUACAUUACAUGUGGCGUGUACGGGUGAUUCGAGGGCAGUCCUGGGUCAGCAAAGGCCUGACGGAACCUGGGAAGCCAUUCCGCUGUCGGUAGACCAGACCGGGUACAACGAAAAAGAGAUUGCCCGGUUGAGUGCCGAGCACCCUGGUGAAAGUGAGAUGAUCAAGAAUGGUCGAGUGCUCGGGCUAGCUGUCUCACGAGCUUUUGGAGAUACCCGAUGGAAGUGGCCUUUGAACUUUCAGAAGGAAAUGGAAAGCAGAUUUGGUGCCCCACCCCCUUUGACCCCGAAGUAUGAUGUGCGAACGCCGCCCUAUUUGACUGCUGAGCCUGUCGUGACAAGCACCAAGAUCGAUCCCAACAAGCUCUCGUUUUUGGUCAUGGCAUCGGAUGGGCUUUGGGAUAUGCUCUCUAAUAAACAGGCUGUCGAUCUGGUCACGAAGUGGAUUGAAUCAUCGGCUGGUCAGAAGAGGAAGUCCGAAAUGGAGCCAGCUCAUGAAGCCUUCGACUUGGGACAUUUUGAUAAUGGGCUGGAGUGGAAGUUUGAAGACCAGAGAGCAACCGUCCAGGAUGAAAAUGCUGCCGUGCAUCUAGUUCGUAAUUCUCUCGGUGGAAACCAUCAUGAGAUGGUUGCAGGCCGACUUGCCUUUGGGUAUCCUUUCUCACGGAACCAGCGGGACGACAUGACUGUGCAGGUCGUCUUCUUCACCGUGCCAGGACUAGAAAAGAAUUAG